UCUCCCUCUUUCUCUACGACUCUAUCUCUCCCUCCACCUUCAGAGCUUCAAACAGACCAAAUUCCCUCAUUCAAGCCCGGCCGGACCCAAAUAUCCCGAGGACUACAUUGCAAUUGUCUCCUUAGGGUGCACUGGUCUUGUGGAGCCACUGAAUCUUGAUUUUCUUGUCAGCAGGCUCCCAAGACUACCAGCUCCAGUCGGCAGUAAAUCGAAGGUGAAAGAUGGGAGAGAUGACGAGCAACCAGUUGGGAGUUAUCGGGGCAUUGUUCCUAUCUGUGGCUUCAUCAGUGUCCAUUGUCAUCGUCAACAAAGCUUUGAUGAGCAAUCUUGGUUUUCCAUUUGCAACAACGUUGACCAGUUGGCACCUGAUGGUAACGUACUGCACUCUACAUGUGGCUCUGCGCAUGAAUUUCUUCGAGAACAAGCCAGUCGACAUGAAGACGGUCAUCCUCUUCGGCAUUUUGAAUGGAGUUUCGAUAGGUUUCCUCAACUUAAGCUUGGGAUUUAACUCCAUUGGAUUCUACCAGAUGACCAAGCUUGCAAUAAUACCUUUCACGGUUCUAUUAGAGACCAUUUUCUUGAAAAAGCAUUUCAGCCAGAAGAUCAAGUUCUCUCUAUUCGUCCUACUCAUCGGUGUCGGCAUUGCCUCCAUAACCGACCUUCAGCUUAAUUUUCUGGGAACAGUUCUCUCCCUUUUGGCCAUCAUUACAACUUGUGUUGGUCAAAUUCUCACAAACACAAUUCAGAAGAGACUAAAUGUCUCAUCUACUCAGUUGCUGUACCAAUCAGCUCCAUUUCAAGCGGCUGUUCUCUUCGUCUCAGGCCCUCUUGUUGAUCAGUGCCUUACCAAACAAAAUGUGUUUGCCCACAAAUAUUCCCCUAUUGUAUUGGCAUUCAUAUUACUUUCUUGCUUGAUUGCCGUAUCUGUUAACUUCAGUACAUUUUUAGUGAUUGGGAAGACGUCACCUGUUACAUAUCAAGUUUUAGGGCAUCUUAAAACGUGCCUUGUUCUUGCGUUCGGCUAUACACUCCUGCAUGAUCCUUUCACUUCAAGAAACAUUGCUGGAAUACUAAUAGCCAUUGUUGGAAUGGGAUUGUACUCGUACUUUUGCGCCCAUGAGAACAAGAAGAAACAAGGGGGAGACUUCUCAUCUAUGUCUCAGAAUAAAGACAAAGAUACCACACCACUUUUGGCUAACGGGAAGAAGAUGGCCCAUCAGGAUGAGGAAAAUCCGACUGAAAAAUGAUCUUUUAAGGCCUCCCAAGACUGAGGAGUAGGCUUUUAGGUGAAGUUCAAUUGUAACUCCGCUUAAGACUUGAGCUAUUCUUUUUAAUUCAGACAUUCCACGACAAGUGUGUAGACGAUUUUGAUAUGUAUAAUAAAUAUGCUUUUC